UACAAUCAACGCACCGGCAUGCACUAGGGCAGUCGACAGUCGAGAAUUGGUGCCCUCCAAAUCCGUACACGAGCGCAGGCUGAGGGUGUUAGGCCCCUGAACUUGGAGCGGUCCACACUCAGCUGGCACGCAUCUGCAGGUCAACGGCGUUGACUUCAUUGAACUACUACCGCACAAACCUUGGUCUGGCUGGCCUCGCCGGUACUCUUCCAUGCCGCCAACGUUCAAACGUUACAUAUUGAAGACGUUCAACAAGCAUGAGCCUUUGUCUCCACAGGCGCAGCACCGGGCCAUGAAUCCACCAAAGAAUCGCCAUGGCUAUAUCUGCAAGUGCCCCAGGCCCCGGACACUACCGUCAUCAGUGCUGCGAUCUCAUGUUGACACUCAUGAGGCAGCGAACUGUAAUAAGCAGGGAUUUCAAAGGAAAGGAAGCAAAGCUUGAGCUUGAAGC